GCUGUUUCUAUUUUUAUUUCCUGUUUAAAUGUUGUCGAAUGAUGAAGAUGUUUUUCUUACUUUGCUUGUGUUUUGGCUGUGAGUCACGGUCACGCGCCUCUCUGGGUGUUUCCUGUUCAAAGUUUACUUUCGCUUCCUCUGACCGUCGAGUCGCAGAUAGUUUUCUCCUCUGAAGCUGCAGCUGAAGGUAAUGUAACCCGUCUGAAGUGUUUGACUCGUUAACACAAGCUGUCGGCAGCUUAGUUCCACAGAAACAGCAGAAAGCUGCCGCUCGACGCUUCAUUUCCCCAAACUCACAGCUCUGAGUUUCACUGGAAACUCGGGACUACAAAUCUCCGCCAUGUUGUGUCGGUGUCUGGGAGUGUAAGCGGCGGAAUAAGAGCAGCAGCAGAGUCAGCGGAUCCUCAGCAGCUGGACACAGAGUCGUUAUUACUGUGUAGCUCCACUGACUGAUGGCUGAAGGCAGCUUUUCCUGCCUGAAUCAGCCUGUGGAGGAGGCGGAGACGAGCCGCUGCUCUCCCGCUGUCUGAGCCACUAAAUGCGGCCUCGCUCGGCCGGACAGCCGCUGGAGAACAGCUGUUUGUGUCGGUAUAUUUCCACCACAGGACUGAUGUGCAGACAGUUUGGGAGUCAGAGGGUCUCCCAGCUAUCUGAAGGAUCAACAGGUUCUUCAUCCAAUGAGCUGGAACCAGUGUCGCUUCUUAUGUUUCACAUCAACAUGCUCAUUACCCCAAAUACGGAUCUGAUCACCAGCUGCUAAACAAUCAAUACAUGAGAGAGACUCAUUCACUUUGAUCUGUCAGCGUUUUACUGAGGCUGCAUUUACUUCAGGAUCAUAUUAUUCAACAGAGGUACAAAGUAAGUACAUUUACUCAGGAACUGCACUGAAGUACAGUUUGUUGCUUAUUAUGUUGGAGCCUUAAUCUCAGCUGUGAAAUAAUCAGCUGUAGCUUGUUGCAUCGAGUCCUUUUCUACAGGGACUCUGUCAGACCACAUCAGUCCAUCUCAGCCCCUCUGUGUGUCAGUGAAGGUAAAUCUGCACUUCACUGCAGCUUCAUGACGCCAUCUAGUGGCCUGAUAGUAGAAGUCCAGCAGCUGAUGGCAGCUUCCUCUGCCUCACUGCUGUCUGACUGCAUUCAGCUGACACUGAUAUGAAACAGAAAGUAACAGCCAAUCACUGGAGGAGCAGCUGAUCUUCUUACAGGAGAAAUGAUGGAAAGGAGGAUUUCAGCUGAUGUGCAGAUGAAGGAUUUGUGUUUCCUCUCCAGAUCAAAGUGUGUGUGAGCUGAUGUGGAUGUGAGUUCAGCAGCAUGAAUCAGUGUGAGGACAGAGAGGAGGGAGCCCUCCCUAAAACCAGUCUGUGUGGGGAACAUGGCAGCCAGACCAGAGCUCAGAGGCCAGAGCAGCAGAGACCAGACUCUGCUGGACCUGGACCUGAGUCUGAACCUGAACCUGGACCUGGACCUGAGCCCAGCUGUGUGUCCUUGAAGAGCGACUGGUCAAAUGAUCACAUCAUUAAUUUUAAAGGACGACAGCCCUCUGCUGCAAAGAGGAUCUAUGGGAGGCCAGCCUCUGCUGGACCUGGACCUGAGUCUGAACCUGAACAUGGACCUGGACCCAGCUGUGUGUCCUUCAAGAGUGACCAGUCAAAGGGUCGCAUCAUUGAUUUUAAAGGACGACAGCCCUCUGCUGCCAAGAGAGUCGACCAGGAGAGCUCAGAGGUUCCCAGUGGUCAGUCUGCCCAGCAGCAUCAAACACACCUGGACUCCAUAUUUAUGCUGCUGGAGGAGAACAUUGUCACUUUUGUGAAGAACGAGCUGAAGAAAAUGCAGAAGGUUCUGGGAUCAGAUUACCCAGAAUGCUUAGAGAGUCAGAGGGAGGAUGAGGAGGUGUUGGACGGUAAGGAGGAAGAGCAGAGGAGGAGCAGCAGAGAGGCAUUUCUGAAGAUCACACUGCACUUCCUGAGGAGAAUGAAGCAGGAGGAGCUGGCUGACUGUCUGCAGAUCAGAAGUCAUUCUGGAGUUUGGCAACGUAAACUUAAAUCUAACCUGAAGCAGAAGUUCCAGUGUGUGUUUGAGGGAAUCGCUAAAGCAGGAAACCCAACCCUUCUGAACCAGAUCUACACAGAGCUCUACAUCACAGAGGGAGGGACUGCAGAGGUCAAUGAUGAACAUGAGGUCAGACAGAUUGAAACAGCAUCCAGGAAACCAGACAGACCAGAAACAACAAUCAGACAAGAAGACAUCUUUAAACCCUCACCUGGAAGAGAUGAAAUAAUCAGAACGGUGAUGACAAAGGGAGUGGCUGGCAUUGGGAAAACAGUCUUAACACAGAAGUUCACUCUGGACUGGGCUGAAGACAAAGCCAACCAGGACAUACAGUUCACAUUUCCAUUCACUUUCAGAGAGCUGAAUGUGCUGAAAAAGAAAUACAGCUUGGUGGAACUUGUUCAUCACUUCUUUACUGAAACCAAAGAAGCAGGAAUCUGCAGGUUUGAAGAGUUCCAGGUUUUGUUCAUUUUUGACGGUCUGGAUGAGUGUCGACUUCCUCUGGACUUCCACAACAAUGAGAUCCUGACUGAUGCUACAACGUCCACCUCAGUAGAUGUGCUGCUGACAAACCUCAUCAGGGGGAACCUGCUUCCCUCUGCUCGCCUCUGGAUAACCACACGACCUGCAGCAGCCAAUCAGAUCCCUUCGGAGUGUGUUGACAUGGUGACAGAGGUCAGAGGGUUUACCGACCCACAGAAGGAGGAGUACUUCAGGAAGAGAUUCAGAGAUGAGGAGCAGGCCAGCAGCAUCAUCUCCCACAUCAAAACAUCACGAAGCCUCCACAUCAUGUGCCACAUCCCGGUCUUCUGCUGGAUCACUGCUACAGUUCUGGAGGAGGUGUUGAAGACCAGAGAGGGAGGAGAGCUGCCCAAGACCCUAACUGAGAUGUACAUCCACUUCCUGGUGGUUCAGUCCAAACUGAAGAGCAUCAAGUAUGAUGGAGGAGCUGAGACAGAUCCACACUUGAAUUAAAAGAGCAGGAAGAUGAUUGUGUCUCUGGGAAAACUGGCUUUAGAGCAGCUGCAGGAAGGCAACCUGAUCUUCUAUGAAUCAGACCUGACAGAGUGUGGCAUCGAUAUCAGAGCAGCCUCAGUGUGCUCAGGAGUGUUCACACAGAUCUUUAGAGAGGAGAGAGGGCUGUAUCAGAACGAGGUGUUCUGCUUCGUCCAUCUGAGCAUUCAGGAGUUUCUGGCUGCUCUUCAUGUCCAUCUGACCUUCAUCAACUCUGGUGUCAAUCUGCUGUCAGAAGAACAAUCAACCUACCUUGAAUCUGCAGUGACACACUUGUACCAGUGUGCUGUGGACCAGGCCUUAAAAAGUCCAAAUGGACACUUGGACUUGUUUCUCCGCUUCCUCCUGGGACUCUCACUGCAGACCAAUCAGACUCUCCUACGAGGCCUGCUGACACGGAAAGGAAGUCGCUCACAGACCAGUCCGGAAACAGUCGAGUACAUCAAGAAGAAGAUCGAAGAGAUUCCCUCUGCAGAGAAAAGCAUCAAUCUGUUCCACUGUCUGAAUGAACUGAAUGAUCGUUCUCUAGUGGAGGAGAUCCAACAGUCCCUGAGUUCAGGAAGUCUCUCCACAGAUAAACUGUCUCCUGCUCAGUGGUCAGCUCUGGUCUUCAUCUUACUGUCAUCAGAAAAAGAUCUGGAUGUGUUUGACCUGAAGAAAUACUCAGCUUCAGAGGAGGCUCUUCUGAGGCUGCUGCCAGUGGUCAAAGCCUCCAACAAAGCUCUACUGAGUGGCUGUAACCUCUCAAAGAGAAGCUGUGAAGCACUGUCCUCAGUUCUCGGCCCCCAGUCCUCUAGUCUGAGAGAGCUGGACCUGAGUAACAACGACCUGCAGGAUUCAGGAGUGAAGCUGCUGACAGCUGGACUGGAGAGUUCACAUUGUAAACUGGAAACUCUCAGACUGAGUGGCUGUAACCUCUCAAAGAGAAGCUAUGAAGCUCUGUCCUCGUUUCUCAGCUCCCAGUCCUCUAGUCUGAGAGAGCUGGACCUGAGUAACAACGACCUGCAGGAUUCAGGAGUGAAGCUGCUGACAGCUGGACUGGAGAGUCCACAUUGUAAACUGGAAACUCUCAGGCUGUCAGGCUGUCUGAUCACAGAGGAAGGCUGUGCUUCUCUGGCCUCAGCUCUGAGCUCCAACCCCUCCCAUCUGAGAGAGCUGGACCUGAGCUACAAUCAUCUAGGAGACUCAGGAGUGAAGCUGCUGUCUGCUGGACUGGAGGAUCCACACUGGAGACUGGACACUCUCAGGGUGGAGCCCGGUGGAGUCCGAUGGCUGAGACCAGGUCUGAGGAAGUAUUCCUGUGAACUCACACUCGACACAAACACAGCGAACAGAGAGAUCCAACUGUCUGACGACAACAGGAAGGCGAUAUAUGACACAUUAAAGAGUUUUUAUUCAAGGAUCAAAAUAUUUCUGAAUCAUCCAUGGUCUCAGCUGCUGUGUAGAAAUGGUCUGACUGGUCGCUGUUACUGGGAGGUCGAGUGGAGAGGAAGGGUAUUUAUAUCAGUGAGUUACAGAGGAAUCAGCAGGAGAGGACGCAGUGGAGACUGUUUGUUUGGAUGGAAUGAUCAGUCCUGGAGUCUGAGCUGCUCUGAUGAUGAUGGUUACUCCAUCUGUCACAAUAAGAGAGUAACAUCCAUCUCCUCCUCCUCCUCUUCCUCCUCCUCCUCCUCCUCUGUCUCUGACAGAGUAGCAGUGUAUGUGGACUGUCCUGCUGGCACUCUGUCCUUCUACAGAGUCUCCUCUGACACACUGAUCCACCUCCACACCUUCAACACCACAUUCACUGAACCUCUUUAUCCUGGCUUUGCAAUCUGGUCCUGGUCCAGGUCUGGUUCCUCAGUGUCUCUGUGUUCUCUGUAGGAGGGAGAGUCUCCUCCUGUUAGAGAAACACAUCAGUUGAGUCUGUACAGGAUCACAGCUACAGAAAUCUUUCAGGUUAUUGUCAUAAAUUCAUCAAUGAACUCAAAGUGAUUUUUAAAGCUUCUCCAUCUAACAGCUGUAAAUAAAGCCCAACAUUUUCAUGCUCACGGUUGUUUUCUUGGAUUAACGACAUUUAAAAAGGAAGAAGUCACAUUUGGCAUCAUCAUGAAAAAUGAGCUGAUCCUAAAGACUGUUAUUGUAUUUGGUCAAUUAUUUUCACUUUCCUUUCAUUCCUGAAGCUCACGAAGAAGAAAAGAUUGUUAAAUAUGACCAUUAAUCUUCUCUCUGAAAACGUCUAGUAUUUAUUUCUGUAAUUUUGUUUUUGUAUUUAUUUAUUUCGUGUCUUUAUAUUUAUUCUUACUAUGACAUUUAUUGCUUUUACAUUAGUGGCUAUUGAAACCCAUCCAAUUUACAAAACUGUUUUCAACAUUUCAAAAACAAUUUCUUCUUAACGUUUCAGUAAAA